AUGGCCGUGGUGAACUACGCCGGCAGCGACGUCUGCUCCGCUGGCCCCUCGGACGCCUGCGACCGCGCCAUCACCGCCACCACCGCUGUGGGAGUGAGCGUCGGGAUCCUGGGUGGCAUCCUCACGGCCGUCUUCAGUCCAGUGGUGGGAGUGCUGGGUGAUCGUUUUGGUCGUCGUCCGAUGCUCAUUGCUUGCCUCUUCGCCAGCCAGUUUGCAACUUUAGUGAGCCUCGGUAGUGACCCAAAGUGGGUCUUCAGUGCGUCCAGCACAAGCGGCAAGCUGAGGAGCUGGGGAGUCUACUACUUCCAGUGGAAGUUCUAUUGGUUCUUCGUGGCUUCUUUGAUCCCGGCUUUCGUCCCAGCGGAGGUGCUGCUGUCGAUGUGGAUCUUGGACAUGACGAGCGAACGGAACCGCGCGUCGGCCUACGGGCUGCUGGGCGCUGUGCAGGUCCUCUACGGCUUCACGGCGCCCCUGAUGGUCGAGUUCACUGCGGCCUCUGCCAAUCCCAGCCUCACGGCCACGGCCCUGAACAUGAGUAUCACGUGCAAGAUCUCUGGGCUCUUUCUGGCGGUCCUCUUCUUGCCGGAGUCCGCUUCGAUCGCUGCGGACGGGGAGGAUCCUCGGCCAGGUUCCUCGGAGGGAGGCGACUCCGUUUCCUCUCAGGGCGAUCGUUCUCCGAAGAAUCAGUCCUUCUACCACUGUUUGCUGCAGCUCCUGCAGAACCCUACGGCCAAGGUUGCGAUGCUGAUCUCCAUCAUCAGCUCCUUCAUGAACAUCGGGGAAUCACAAGUCGCGACGCAGUACACGAAGAACAGGCUCAGCGUCAUGGCGCAGGACCGCGCGGGUCUUCGGCUCUGCGGCGUGAGCGCCGGGCUCUUCGCGAACACGGUGCUCUUGCGGAUGUUUCGGGGAGCCUUCAGUGUGAAGCUGCAGGUGCUCGUGUGCUGCUUGUUUGGGCUUUCGACCCAUGUGAUAUACAUUCUUGCCACCAGCGCAACGGCCCUUUAUCCAGCCGCCAUCUUGGGGGCUUUGGGGUCUUUGGUUGUGGUCUACGUGAGCACCUUGAAUGCCAAUGUUGCAACCAUCUCUGGCAUGCCUUUGGGCACGGUGCUGGGUGUCCUCGCAAGCGUGGGGCAGAUAGGCAUGAUUCUGGGCCCGCCGGUCUUCUCCAGCGUCUUCUUGAUAUCAAUGCGAGAUGUCUUUUGGGGUCACUCCUUCCCGCAGCUGGCCUUCUGCUUUGGCAUCGUCUUGAACUUAAUCGUCGUGAGGCUCCUACUGGCGGUGCCCGAGGCUGCAUACGAGGGCACACGUCCAUCGCUCCCCCGCGAAGUAUCACAAGAUCCACAGGAUGAUCUCACGGCAACGCCCUGA